ACUUAACCCUGGUGUACUUUUCGCUGCGCAGGGAGGAGUCAGACAUUUGUUUCUGUAAUAAAUUGACAUACUUAUUGAUUUAUCCGUUAUUUUACAGCAUUUUUCGCAACAUGUAUCCAUGAUGUUGGCCGUGUAUGCUGCCGACAUAGAGCUAACGACUGGUUAUCUGAACGUUUUCGCUUAAAGAUCGAAGGAAACAGGAAGGCGGAACAAGAUCAGAGUCGCAGAUUGAGUCCAAAUAUAAAACGUAAGACUUUCAUAACAAAAAGUCCACACAGGUUGUGUACACAACCUUUUGACUGCUUCCAUUUCAACAGUAAAUAAUUCACUAGAGGCAUUCCAACAAGUUUCCACCGCCACCACAUGCGAACAUGUCCAUGGCCCUGAAACAAGUCUUCAACAAAGAUAGAACAUUCCGGCCCAAGCGCAAGUUUGAGCCCGGGACGCAGCGCUUUGAUCUGCACAAGAAGGCCCAGGCGUCUCUGAACGCAGGACUGGACCUGAAGCAGGCCGUGCAGCUCCCCCACGGCGAGGACCUCAACGACUGGGUGGCUGUCCACGUGGUUGACUUCUUCAACCGCAUCAAUCUCAUCUACGGCACCAUCAGUGACUCGUGCACCGAUCAAACCUGCCCCGUCAUGUCCGGCGGGCCCAAGUACGAAUACCGCUGGCAGGACGAGCACAAGUACAAGAGGCCGACCGCCCUAUCGGCGCCCAAAUACAUGAGCCUGCUCAUGGAUUGGAUCGAGGUACAAAUCAACAAUGAGAAUAUCUUCCCCACUAAUGUUGGUACUCCCUUUCCUAAGUGCUUCAUGCAGGUGGCUAAGAAGAUUUUGUCACGUCUGUUCCGGGUGUUUGUCCACGUCUACAUCCACCACUUUGACCGCGUCACCCAGAUGGGAGCCGAGGCUCACGUCAACACCUGCUACAAGCAUUUCUAUUACUUUGUAACCGAGUUCAACCUGACGGACCACAAAGAGCUGGAGCCUCUGAAGGAAAUGACUGCUCGAAUGUGCCACUGAGGGGUCCACGGACACACCAGACCAACGCUACCAUCCAUCUUCGAGACUGAGUCAGAGAGCAACUAGAGCAAACGCAUUCAGAGUCUAUUUUUAUAUUUAAGUACUGUAAUCUAUUUUAGCCACAUACUGUAAGUUUGAACUGAGAAACUGGUCAUGUGAGAUGUUCUGCUCCUUAAAAAAACAUUUUCAGACAUGUUAUCAGAGCACAGUAUUAAGACGUGUAUGUUCGUGUUAAUGUUUUUCUAUUUUAUUUGAAUUUCAGUCAUUCCAGGAUGCUAUUAUCUUUCUAUUUGUCUUUAAAGGAUCUCAAAUUAGAAUAAAUUCUUACUGUAAGUCUUUGAAAUCACUAUGUUGCUACAUUAAAAUGAUCUCUACUCUCA